AUGUUUUAUUUUUCUUUGAUGGGGGAAGCCGCCGGCGACCGCGUACUCAGCCGCCUCCACAGUGUCAGGGAGCGCAUCGGCGACUCCCUCUCCGCGCACCCCAACGAGCUCGUCGCUGUCUUCACCAGGCUGGUCAACCUUGGAAAUGGAAUGCUGCAGUCCCACCAGAUCAUCGCUGAGUACAACACCGCGAUCCCCGAAGCAGAGCGAGAGAAGCUCAAGGAUGGCGCCUUUGAGGAUGUGCUCAGGGCAGCGCAGGAGGCGAUCGUCAUCUCGCCGUGGGUCGCGCUUGCCAUCCGUCCAAGGCCUGGUGUCUGGGAGUAUGUGAGGGUCAACGUGAGCGAGCUCGCUGUAGAGGAGUUGAGUGUCCCUGAGUACCUGCAAUUCAAGGAACAGCUCGUGGAAGGAAGCAACAAGGACUUUAUGCUCGAGCUGGACUUUGAGCCAUUCAACGCCUCCUUCCCUCGCCCUUCGCUGUCCAAGUCCAUCGGCAACGGCGUGCAGUUCCUCAACAGGCACCUGUCAUCAAAGCUCUUCCAUGACAAGGAGAGCAUGUACCCCCUUCUCAACUUCCUCCGCGCACACAACUACAAGGGCAUGACUAUGAUGCUGAACGACAGAAUCCGCAGCCUCAGUGCUCUCCAGGGAGCUCUGAGGAAGGCCGAGGAGCAUCUGUCUGGUCUCCCGGCAGACACUCCAUACUCAGACUUCCACCACAGGUUCCAAGAACUUGGCCUGGAGAAGGGUUGGGGUGACUGCGCCAAGCGUGCGCAGGAGACCCUUCACCUGCUCCUCGACCUUCUCGAGGCUCCAGACCCGUCCACGCUCGAGAAGUUCCUUGGCACAAUCCCGAUGGUGUUCAAUGUUGUCAUCCUCUCGCCGCACGGUUACUUUGCCCAAGCCAAUGUCUUGGGGUACCCUGACACCGGAGGCCAGGUUGUCUACAUUCUGGAUCAAGUCCGCGCUAUGGAGAAUGAGAUGCUGCUGAGGAUCAAGCAGCAAGGCCUCGACAUCACACCACGGAUCCUUAUUGUUACGAGGCUUCUCCCUGAUGCAACCGGUACGUCCUGCGGUCAGCGUCUUGAGAAGGUCCUCGGAACAGAGCACACCCACAUCCUCCGUGUGCCAUUCAGAACUGAAAGUGGAAUUGUUCGCAAGUGGAUCUCUCGUUUUGAAGUCUGGCCGUACCUGGAGACUUUCACUGAAGAUGUGGCACACGAGAUUUCCGGAGAGCUCCAGGCCAAUCCUGACCUGAUCAUUGGAAACUACAGCGAUGGAAACCUUGUUGCGUGCUUGCUUGCACACAAGAUGGGUGUUACACAUUGUACAAUUGCACACGCACUUGAGAAAACUAAGUACCCCAACUCUGACCUCUACUGGAAGAAGUUUGAGGACCACUACCACUUCUCAUGCCAGUUCACUACCGAUCUGAUUGCAAUGAACCAUGCUGACUUCAUCAUCACUAGCACCUUCCAAGAGAUUGCUGGAAACAAGGACACUGUUGGUCAGUACGAGUCUCACAUGGCAUUCACAAUGCCUGGAAUGUACCGUGUUGUCCAUGGUAUCGAUGUUUUCGACCCCAAGUUUAACAUAGUCUCACCUGGUGCGGACAUGUCCAUCUACUUCCCGUACUCCGAGUCACAGAGGAGGCUCACCUCCCUCCACCCAGAGAUCGAGGAGCUGCUCUACAGUAAUGUUGACAACAACGAGCACAAGUAUGUGCUCAAGGACCGGAACAAGCCAAUCAUCUUCUCGAUGGCUCGUUUGGACCGUGUUAAGAACUUGACUGGUCUGGUUGAGCUGUAUGGCAAGAACCCUCGCUUGCAGGAGCUGGUUAACCUUGUGGUUGUCUGUGGUGACCAUGGCAAUCCAUCAAAGGACAAGGAGGAGCAGGCUGAGUUCAAGAAGAUGUUUGACCUUAUUGAGCAGUACAACCUGAAUGGCCAUGUCCGCUGGAUCUCUGCCCAGAUGAACCGUGUCCGUAAUGCUGAGCUCUACCGUUACAUCUGCGACACCAAGGGUGCCUUUGUGCAGCCUGCUUUCUAUGAGGCGUUUGGGCUUACUGUCAUCGAGGCCAUGACCUGCGGUCUUCCUACCUUCGCAACUGCAUAUGGUGGUCCUGCUGAGAUCAUCGUGAAUGGCGUGUCUGGCUACCACAUUGAUCCCUACCAGGGUGACAAGGCCUCUGCUCUGCUGGUUGAGUUCUUUGAGAAGUGCCAGGUUGACCCCAGCCACUGGACCAAGAUCUCACAGGGUGGGCUUCAGCGUAUUGAGGAGAAGUACACCUGGAAGCUUUACUCUGAGAGGCUGAUGACCCUCACCGGCGUGUAUGGGUUCUGGAAGUACGUCUCCAACCUCGAAAGGCGUGAGACCCGCCGCUACCUCGAGAUGCUGUACGCCCUCAAGUACCGCACCAUGGCAAGCACCGUUCCGCUAGCUGUUGAGGGAGACUCCGCGAGCAAGUAA